GGGAAGGAGCGAGGAGGUGUUGGCGGUGGUGGGGAGAAGGUGGAGAUGGAGUGUCGUGAGAGCCUCUCCCCAAGGUCACCUACACCUGGGAGAGCGUCACCUACACCUCCAACAUGAAACAGAUCAAGUUAUCACUGGAACACACGGACUCUGGGCUGACGUCGACGGGGUGGAUGAAAGCAGAUAACGUCAGCAGUGGACAGAAGGCAGAGUGUCAGCCCAGGAACGAGGUGGGGCAAGCUGACCGUCCUCGUGUCUUCAGCAUACUACUCGUCGAACCACCGAGCACGCUGAUUGGCUGUUACUACCAUGACGUCACUACGGACUCCGCUGCCGUCACCUGCUCGCCUGGACCAACCUCCAGUCAGCUGCCAGAGAUAUACCACAUCGAGGUGAGGGAGGGGUCGGUGGUGGUAGCGGCGUACAACAACACAGAGCCCAGGUUCAACCUCACCUCACUGGCGCCAGGACGAGACUACGUGCUGGCCAUGUUCGCCAGCCACGCCAAGGGCCGCGGCCACCAGACCACCUUGUUGAUGAAGACCCACACACCCAAGGCGGAGCAGGUGGCACCUGAGAGGGUGUCCGUCAACUUGAAGAAGCCAGGGGGUGACGGACCCAACCCCACAGACCCCCCGCGGAACGGAGGCGGCGCCCCUGUGAGCGUGGUGGUAUCUGCUGUGGUGGGCGUGGUGGUGGGCGUGGCGGUGGUGGUGGCGGGUGUGGUGACCUGCCGCGCCCGCCGUAACCACGCCUCCUCUCCUGGUAAGAGUCACCAGCAUCAGAGCGCCUCCAGGGACUCACUGCUUGAGCUCUCGCAGGGCGCCUUGUACCAGUCCUGCACCAGCCAUCCUCUGUUUGAGUUGCUGGCAACCUUUACUCCGGGCCCCGUGGUGGUGACCCAAGUGACACCGGGCAGGUCAUCCAGACGAGCCUCCACCCGCAGUGUCCCUGGCAGCGGAUCCCCCAAGAUAACCCGUGCUAGGACGCCCUCCGUGAGUGGGGGUCCUGUACACGUGGUGGAGGUGGAGGCUGACGACAUCACCACCCCCAGAGUGGAGAUUCACUUCCAAGUUUUCAAAGUUCAACUUGGGUGGCGACGCUUUCACCCUCCACCACGGUUCCCCGCCCCUAGCGCUGCGCUGUAAACCUCUCCAGCAGGCUCUGUCGCAGGCUACUCCAUACUUGACCCCAGGUGGUUCCUCAGGCAGAACCACAAACAGGACCCCAAGCAGACGCCCAGUUACUGCAACCAUCUACUCAUCUUCAUCUUACACCCCAGUCUUACUCAGCUGGCCAGGCUCAUCCCGCCACACCACAACAACAUCUGCUUCCACAGACACAACCCCAGAUGGAUAUACUGACACACCCCGGGACCACCAGUGUCCAGCACCUCCUCCCUCAGAGCACCUCCACCGUCUCCACCACCACCACCACCACCGUCCCACACGCUACACAUCUGUCCCAGGCUUCACCCAUACAAUACGCUGGCACCUUCCCCCCACAGCACACUGGCAGUCAGCAACCAGCAAAUCUCCUCCCACAGCACACCGGAACUCAGACUCUUCCACAGCACACCAGUACACCUCCCCUUUCACGGCACACUGACACUCUUCCCCGAGGUGGCACCCAGAUGUACACCACGGCACCACCCCCACACGGGGCCGUCUCCCGUGGACUGACACUCUCCCAGCUGGCGACACAGGUCCACUCAGUACCUCAGGACCCUUCCUGGCACCAGUCGCACCAGCGGGCAUCCCAGCCCCUCUCAGCGUCGCAGGCCCACCAUUUGCCUCCCGAGGACGACCCCCAAGGCCACCAGACACAGCACCAGACACUCCAUGGCCCCAGCCUUCACCCUGAGUCAGCCACACACCCACACUCCAUUCCACCUGAUAAUGUUUCAAUAAAACUUUUUACAACUUUUCGGUA